AUGGCUUUGACCGUUGAUAAUCGUAGUAUGUUUUCAAUCAUUGAUGAAAUCAACUCUGAUAGAGCAACUUGGAAUUUUAAGGCUAAGGUCAUAAGACUUUGGCAAGUGAGUGAUUUUAAUCGAGUUAAUGUUCCUUUUUCUGUUGAAAUGGUGUUAAUGGAUGAAGAUGGUGCUAAGAUUCAUGCCACUAUUAAAAAAACUCUGAUUUACAAAUUUAAACAUGAGAUAAUCGAGGGAAAAGUUUAUUCUUUUGAAAAUCUUGGUGUGGCAUCUAAUACUGGAGCUUAUAGGACAACACAUCAUCCUUACAAACUGAACUUUCAGUUUGGCUCCUUGGUUCAGAGGCUUUCCAACUGUGAUAUUUUGAAGUCUCCAUUUACCUUUGUUCCGAUUGCUGAUAUUUUGGGGGGUUGUUAUGACACUGAUUUUUUAGUUGAUGUUAUUGGUUUCUUGACUGAGAUUGGGCAGGAACGUGAGAUCACUAAUCAGAAUGGUAGUACAACGAAGCUGAAUGUCAUUGCAUUGGAAGCUGAUGGGCAUAAGCUUCAAUGUACACUUUUUGGUCCAUAUGUUGAUGAACUUAAUACCUUUAUUGGAGCUGGUGAUCUGACAAAUGCUGUGGUUAUUGUUCAGCUUGCUAAGGCUAAGAUCUUCCAAGACAAGAUACAUAUCCAGAAUUGCAUGAAUUGUUCUGUUUUGAUAUUUAACCCAAGUUGUGAUGAAAGUGUAGCCUUAAGGGCAAGUCUCAAUGGUUCUGAUGAGAAUCCGUCUCCAUUGACAUUUACUCAAGUUAGUACAGAGUCAAGUGUAAAACCACUUGAUGAGUUUCUGCACAAUACUCCAAGGAUUACCUUGCAAGGUCUCAAGGAUGCUACAACUGAAUCAUCACAUGUUGUUGCUGCAACUGUUAAGAGGACUUUAAAUCCCAAUAGUUAUUGGUAUACAUCAUGUUUGUGUGGCAAGGCUGUUGUGCCGGAUUCAAAGAUGUGGUAUUGUGAAAAGUGUAACAGGCAUGUUUCAAAGGUUGUUCCUAGGUUUUGUGUCAAGGUUAGAGUCAUGGAUGAUACUGAUUCUGCCAUUUUUGUAAUCUUUGACAAGGAAGCAAGUUCCAUAUUCAAUAUGACUUGUGCUGAUAUGAUUCAAAAUGGAGAAAAUGAUGUUGGUGAAAGAAUUGUUCCACCUCAAAUUGAUGAAACACUGAUUGAUCAAACCUGGCUUUUUAAGGUUGAAGCUAAACCUUUUCAGAAUCCUAGGUUUGAGCAAUCUUUCCGUGUGAGGAAGAUUUGUACCGAUGAGAGUAUAAUAAAGGAAUUUAAGGACAAGUGGGAUAAUGAGGAUGCUGUGUAUCUUAAAAAUACAAAUGAGGAUGGAUCUUUGAGUACUUUGCUGGAGAAAGGGAAAGAUGAUUAUGUUGUUGGGUCGUCAAACGUCCUUUGUGAGGAGUUUGAAAACUUUAGUGGAGAUUCUGACAAGGGAAAAGGUUUGAUUGUUGGACGGACAACUGUUGACGUUUCCCAAGAUUUGAUGACGAAGUUUUCAUCAGCUGUUGUUAAUCUUGGCGAUGACUUUGAUAGUACUCCUCUUUGUAUUAAACCAAAGACAUCCAUUGUGAAACAAAUUUCAUCUGCUGCUGUUGUCAACCCUAAGGCCGUUGUUGAUGGUGUGAAGACAAUUAAACCUGAUGAUAAUGCAAAGCCAAUCAACUCUGCUGGAUCCGUCAAUCAAAUCAACUCUGCUGGAGCUGUGAAGUCUCAACAAUCUGCUGCUGUUCUGAAACCAGUUGGAAUCAUCGACCAACAUGAGUAA